UACACAAAAAAUGGAAUUUUGCGUAAAAGAAAGAGAUGUCGUGAAUCAAGAGGUUCUAAAAAACAAAAAAUGGAAGACAAGUUACGAGACUCUCAUCCUUUGUUGCCCCCAUGUACAAAUACGUGUAAGAAAAAAUGCUUUACGAAAGUAGACCAGGAACAGACAUCAGGUGAAUCAAGAAUACUGGAACCUUACGUGGAAAAAAAGACAUAUGUUUGUCAAUCAAAGCAUUGAGCAAAUUGCUGUUAAACGACGAACCACCACUAUUGUUCCAUCUGAGGACAGCAUAUCAAAAAGGAACAAUACACAUAAUUUUUUGCUUAAAGAUAAAAAAGGAACAAUGAUUUCCGCUUGUCGCACAUUUUUCCUAACGACCCUUGGUUACACCAAAAAUAAUAAUACAAUUAUUAAAUCAUCAAUAUCCUCUAAAAACUCAUCGACUUCCAUAACAAUAAAUGAUAAUCGAGGUAAACAUUCAAACAGAAAAAUUGUUGACCGAGAAUUGCUAGAAAGACAUGUUAAUUCGUUUCAUCCGCGUUUCUCAUUACCGUAGAGAGCAUGCACCACUUCGUAAAUAUCUUCCUUCUGAUAUCACUAUUACACAAAUGCAUAAAUAUUUUAUAGAAAAGCAUAAUAAUGUUGAUUGUUCUUAUUAUACCUACAGAGCUUUUGUUAGAGACCGAAUGAAGAUUUCGUUUGCAAAGCUGGGCCACGAAGAAUGCGAGCAGUGUGAGGUGUUCGGACAACAUGACUUAACUCAUACCAAAAAUAGCCUAGACCUAGAUAAAUGUGACAUCUGCAAAAAGUGGAAUGCUCACAUCAAAAAGGCCACCGAAGCAAGAAAAAAAUAUAGAGAAGAUGGCGAGUCUACUACAGAAUGGACGCCAAUGAAAAUAUGUGUUUCCGCAGACCUCCAAAAAGUCAUAAUGCUUCCUCGCAUCGAUACAUUUAAGCAGGUAUUGUUCACCCAAAGAAUUAUUGCGUUUAAUGAGAGUUUUGUCGCAGUGGGAAAGCAUCAACAAACAUUGGGCCCAUCAGCUGUAAUAUGGCAUAAGGGAUUAGCGGGACGCAAAAAGGAAGAGCUUUGCAGCGCUUUUCAUAAAUAUUUGCUUAGCCAACGUGAUGUUUUGUCCAUUAAAAUCUGGCUUGAUAAUUGUGCUGCACAGAAUAAAAAUUGGACUUUAUUUUCUUUUUUGGCACAUAUCAUUAACUCAUCAGAUAUUGCUGCAAAUGUAUUAGAAAUUUACUUUUUUGAACCAGGAUAUUCUUUUAUGUCUGCUGACAGUUUCCACCAUCAGGUGGAGCAGUCUAUGAACUCUUAUGGUUCGUCUUUAAAUACCGGAGCUGGAGGGAAGAUUUACGACUUUAAUGAUUUUCAAGGUGCCAUCGAGCAAGUCAAGAUGAAAAAUGUAAAAGUCCUAUCAAUGGAGCUAAGUGACUUUAGAGAUUGGAAAGACCACAGCUCAUUGAUGAAAAUUAAGAAGUAUUCACCAAGACCAUACCUUAGUGAUAUUGUCAAACUAAAAUUUGAAAGAGGCAGCUUUAGUUUAUGGUAUUCUAACGAAUACAAUUCUCAUUACACCGAGGUAAAUUUUUUAACAGCAAAAUAUCUGAAAAAUUUAACCGAACCAAAUGUGAGAUCACAAUCUCAAAGUGUCACUAAAUCGAGAAAGGCUGAUAUUAUAAAAAAGUUAUGCCCUUUGAUGCCUGAGAAUCGAAGACAUUUUUGGGAGGAACUGCCGGUUUCCAAUGAAGCUACAAACUUGUCUCAGGAUAUUGACUGAUAAAUCAUUCCAGUUAUUUUUCCUAUUUUGUUAUUAUUUUAUAAUCAC